AUGGCCGUGAAGGAGCGAGAGGAGAAGGAGCUAACGACUCUCCAGCUCGAAGCUUGGACGAGAUUGACCUCUCUGCCCCUCAAGGACCCGGCUGGGAUCUUCGAGCUGGUGGAAGUGGUCGGCAAUGGAACCUACGGACAAGUGUACAAGGGUCGUCACGUGCGGACCGGUCAGCUGGCAGCGAUCAAAGUCAUGGACGUCACGGAGGACGAGGAGGAGGAGAUCAAGCUGGAGAUCAACAUGCUGAAGAAAUACUCGCACCACCGCAACAUCGCCACCUACUACGGCGCCUUCGUCAAGAAGAGCCCGCCAGGACACGACGAUCAGCUCUGGCUGGUGAUGGAGUUCUGCGGUGCCGGCUCCGUCACCGACCUCAUCAAGAACACGAAGGGGAACUCCCUGAAGGAGGAGUGGAUCGCCUACGUGUGUCGCGAGAUCCUUCGGGGCCUGUCUCACCUUCACCAGCACAAGGUGAUCCAUCGCGACAUCAAGGGUCAGAACGUGCUGCUCACGGAGAACGCCGAGGUCAAGCUGGUGGACUUUGGGGUGAGCGCCCAGCUGGACCGCACCAUCGGCCGCCGUAACACGUUCAUCGGCACGCCCUACUGGAUGGCACCCGAGGUGAUCGCCUGCGACGAGAACCCCGACGCCACCUACGACUACCGGAGUGACCUCUGGUCUCUGGGAAUCACAGCCAUUGAGAUGGCCGAAGGCGCUCCCCCGCUGUGUGAUAUGCACCCAAUGAGGGCUCUCUUCCUCAUCCCUCGCAACCCUCCGCCUCGCCUCAAAUCCAAGAAAUGGUCCAAGAAGUUCCAGAGCUUCAUGGAGAGUUGCCUGGUGAAGAACUACGUGCAGCGUCCACACACGGAGAUCCUGCUCAAGCACCCCUUCAUCCGUGAGCAGCCCACGGAGCGCCAGGUGCGGAUCCAGCUCAAGGAUCACAUCGACCGCACAAAGAAGAAACGCGGAGAGAAGGAGGAGACGGAGUAUGAGUACAGUGGCAGUGAGGACGAGGAUAACGACCCCGGCAACCAGGAGGGGGAGCCCAGCUCGAUCGUGAACAUGCCGGGAGAAUCGACGCUUCGGAGAGACUUCCUGCGUCUGCAAAAGGAGAAGGAGAACUCCGAGGCGCAGCGGCGUCAGCAGCAGCUGAUGCAGGCGGCGCAGGAGCGGCACAAGCAGCAGCAGAUGCUGGCGGAGCGGCACAAGCGCAUCGAGCAGGAGCGUGAGCAGCGGCGGCGCCUCGAGGAGAGGCAGAGGCGUGACCGGGAGCUGAGGAGGGAGCAGCAGAGGAGGGAGGAGGAGGAGGAACUGCGGCGGAUGGAGUUGGAGCGCCGGCGCCGAGAAGAGGAGGAGCGGCGUAUCGCUGAGCGCGAGCAGCAGGAGUACAUUCGGAGGCAGCUAGAGGAGGAGCAGAGGCAGCUUGAGAUCCUGCAGCAGCAGCUGCUGCAUGAGCAGGCGCUACUGCUGGAGUACAAGCGCAAGCAGAUGGAGGAGCAGCUUCAGGCCGAGAAGCUGCACCGGCGCCUGCAGCAGGAGCAGGCCUACCUCAAGCAGCUGCAGCAGGCGCAGGGCGGUGGCGGCGGCAAGGCAACCGGUGCGGCGGCGCCGGCCACUACCGCGGCGGCGGCGGCUGCGGCGGCUGCGGCUGCGGCCCACGCCAAUCAGCAGCAGCAGCAGCAGCUGUAUCACUACCAGAACCACAAUCCCAGCGAAAAGCCUGCGUGGGCCAGAGAGGUGCAGCUGCGGUCGCUUAGAGGCGCCGGCGGCAGCGCCGUGGCGCUGCGUCAGCCCCCGCAGGCGCAGGCGGCCCCCCGCAACCCCCCCUCCGGCGUCGUGCAGCCCCCCGAAACCAUCCACUUUCGCGCCGGCGCCGGGGGCCACCGGCAGGCGUCCCUGGAGGCGCCGGCGCCGGCGCCGGCGGCGGCGGCGGCCGCCGCCGAGUUGUUUCUGUCGGCGUCGGCGCCCGGCGCCGUCCUGCACGAGGCGCUCCGGAGGAGCAGGGGGCGGCGGCUGUCGGUGUCGUCGGAGGACGUGCGGGCGGAAGCCGAGGCGACGCCUCCGGGGAACCGGCAGCACCAGCAGCAGCACCAGCAGCACCAGCACCAGCACCAGCAGCACCAGCAGCAGCACCAGCAGCAGCAGCAGAAGCCCGGCGCCAGCGCUUGGCAGCCGUCGGAGAAGAUCACGUUCACGCCCUUCGCUCGGCAAGAUGCCGGGUCUCAAGCGGCCCCAGCGAUCCAGCAGCAGCACCAGCAGGGGGCCGCACAGCACCAGCAGCACCAGCAGCACCAGCAGCAGCAGCAGGGCACUCCUCAGCAGCAGCAGCAGCACAAAUGGUUCCAGGUGCGGGUUUUCCCACCGUACCGCGGGGCGCUGGACGACCGGGGCGUGCCGGCGCCGGCCCCGGCGCCGGCCCCGGCGCUGUCUCGGAGCUCGUCGUGCCGCCUGCGUGCCGCCCGCCGCUCCGUCUCCUCGGAGGACCUGCGGCUCGACGAGGCGCCGGCGCCGCCGCUGGCGCUGGCGCGGGGGGGGGCUGGCGCCCGAGAUGGCGGCGUCCAGCCCCGCGCUGGCCGCGCCGACCGGCGGGAAGGCCGCCGCCGCCGCCGCCGCCGCCGUGCCGGCGCUGCCGCCCAAGCGGAGCCCCGACUUGCGUCGGCCGCUCCUGCCCUGUCGGCGUGGAGCCGCGUCGACCGGGCCGAGGCGCCGCGCGUCGUCGCGGUCCACACCUCCGCCAUGUCCCUGUCGGGCCCGGCCUUCGUGGAGAUGAUCGCCGGGCGGCGGUCCCGGGAGGCGGCGAUGGAGCCGGGAGGCCCCCGGGCGCCGCCGGCCGCCGCCGCCGCCGUCGCCGCCGAACGGCGCUCCGCGUCCGCGGACGACGUCACCGCCGUCGCCGCGGCUCGGCCCUCGGCCGCCGCCGCUGCCGCCAGCCGGUCCCGGGGCUCCUCGCCGGCCGGCACUCCGGCGGCGCCGCGCCGGGAGCUCGCCGCCGGCGCUCCCCGCGUGGCCUCGACGGCGCCGGGGCCGGGACGCCCGCCACCGCAGAGGCCGCCGGACGGCGUCGCGGCGCCGUCGCCGCCGCCGCCGGCGGCGGACGCCAAGGAGGCCGGUUCCCCGCGCUACUUUUGA